UCUGUAUAUCACUCAUUCAAACCGGUAAAAUGGCUUCUGUACCUGCUCUAAAGAGGUCUGAUUCUGUAGUAGACACCAUGCCUGAGGCCUUGAGGCAAAGUAGGUACCAUAUGAAGAGGUGCUUCUCGAAGUAUGUAGAGAAAGGGAGGCGAUUAUUGAAGGCUAACCAAUUGAUGGAUGAAUUGGAGCAAAUCAUUGAUGAUCAUACUGAAAGAAGCCAAGUGUUGGAAGGCUUACUUGGAUAUAUCUUGUGCACCACAAAGGAGGCUGCAGUUAUUCCUCCAUAUGUUGCCUUUGCGAUAAGGCCAAAUCCAGGAUUUUGGGAGUUCGUUAAAGUGAAUGCAAAUGAUCUUUCGGUGGAUGGCAUCACCGCAACAGAGUACUUGAAAUUCAAAGAAACAGUGGUAGAUGAAAAUUGGGCAAAUGAUGAAAACGCCUUAGAACUUGAUUUUGGAGCAAUGGACUUCUCUAUACCUCACCUGACUCUAUCUUCUUCGAUUGGAAAUGGAAUCGCCUAUGUUUCAAAGUUUUUGGCUUCCAAGCUGAAUGGUAGCCCAUGCAGUGCACAACCUCUUGUGGAUUAUUUGCUCUCCUUAAACUACCAAGGAGAAAAACUUAUGUUAAACGAGACCAUCAAUACAGCUUCAAAGCUUCAGUCAGCAUUGAUAGUUGCUGAUGCUGCCCUUGCUUCACUACCAAAGGAUACGCCAUAUCAGAGCUUUGAGCUAAGGUUCAAGGAAUGGGGGUUUGAGAGGGGCUGGGGCGAUACUGCUGAAAGAGUUAAGGAGACAAUGCGAUCAGCGUCUGAGGUACUACAGGCUCCGGAUCCCUUCAAUACGGAGAAAUUCUUAGGCAGGCUUCCAACAGUGUUCAAUGUUGUACUGUUUUCUGUCCAUGGAUACUUUGGCCAAUCAGAUGUCCUUGGCUUGCCAGACACUGGCGGACAGGUGGUCUAUGUUUUGGAUCAAGUGGUGUCUUUUGAAGAAGAAUUGCUCCUAAGAAUUAAGCAGCAAGGUCUCAAUUUGAAGCCUCAAAUUCUUGUGGUUACAAGAUUGAUCCCUGAUGCCAAGGGAACUAAGUGCAACCAGGAAUUAGAACCAAUAAACAAAACAAAGCACUCACACAUCCUCAGAGUGCCAUUUAGGACAGAAAAUGGAGUCCUUCCCCAGUGGAUUUCUAGAUUUGAUGUUUAUCCUUACCUUGAGAGAUAUGCUCAGGACGCCAGUGACAAAAUCAUUGAACUAAUGGAAGGAAAACCAGAUCUUAUUAUUGGCAACUAUACUGAUGGAAAUUUGGUGGCAUCACUCAUGGCUAGUAAGCUUGGGGUAACACUGGGAACAAUUGCACAUGCCUUGGAGAAAACGAAGUAUGAAGAUUCCGACGUCAAAUGGAAGGAAUUAGACCCCAAGUAUCAUUUCUCAUGCCAAUUUACAGCUGAUUUAAUUGCAAUGAAUACGGCUGAUUUUGUCAUCACAAGCACAUACCAAGAAAUAGCAGGAAGCAAAGAUAGACCAGGCCAGUAUGAGAGCCAUGCUGCUUUUACACUUCCAGGGCUGUACAGGGUUGUUUCAGGCACCAAUGUCUUUGAUCCUAAAUAUAACAUUGCUUCUCCUGGAGCUGACCAGUCGGUCUAUUUCCCCCAUACUGAGAAGCACAAGAGACUAACACAAUUCCGUCAAGCCAUUGAAGAACUUUUGUUUAGUAAAGCUGAAAAUGAUGAGCAUAUUGGAUACCUAGAAGACAAAAAGAAACCUAUCAUUUUCUCCAUGGCAAGGCUCGACACAGUCAAGAAUCUUACUGGAUUAACGGAGUGGUAUGGAAAGAACAGGAGGCUGAGAAACUUGGUUAAUCUUGUCAUUGUUGGUGCAUUUUUUGAUCCUUCAAAAUCCAAAGAUAGAGAAGAAGCAGCUGAAAUACAAAAGAUGCACACGUUGAUAGAAAAGUACCAACUGAGGAGUCAGAUAAGGUGGAUAGCAGCUCAGACUGACAGGAACAGGAACAGUGAGCUUUACCGCACUAUUGCUGAUACAAGAGGGGCUUUUGUCCAGCCUGCUUUAUAUGAAGCAUUUGGACUUACCGUGAUUGAGGCUAUGAAUUGUGGACUGCCCACGUUUGCAACCAACCAAGGAGGUCCUGCUGAAAUCAUAGUUGAUUGGGUCUCUGGUUUUCACAUUGAUCCCAACCAUGGAGACGAGUCAAGCAACAAGAUCGCUGACUUCUUUCAGAAAUGCAAGGAGGAUCCUGAAUACUGGAACAGGAUUUCAGCCCAAGGUCUACAGCGUAUAUACGAAUGCUACACAUGGAAGAUCUAUGCAAACAAGGUCCUGAAUAUGGGGUGUGUAUAUAACUUCUGGAGGCAGCUGAACAUUGAUCAGAAAAUAGCAAAACAAAGAUAUAUCCAGACUUUCUACAAUCUUCAAUUCAGGAACUUGGCAAAAAAUGUUGCUGCAAGAAGGGAUGAAACUCCAAAGCAAGAGACAAAGGAGAAACCUAAGCCCCAGCCCUUGAAAAGGCAUGAAUGCUGUCGCCAACUCUUUCAUUUCCUCAGGCGCUCACAAUCCAGGCUGCAAAGGUUGUUUGGAGCUUGAAGAAUAGCAACUUGGCCGGGAUUGGACUCCUACUACUCUAGUCCCCACAGUCUGCUAAAUUUGUCAAUUGUUAUCAUUACUUAUUUUAUUUAUUAUUUUUUUAUGCAAAGUAUAAAGAAGGAUGACAGAUGUAAAGGGUGAGAUGAAUCCUGUGUAAAGCAAUUGCUGACAAAUUAUUCUAUUGAUUCAGAUAAAAUCAUGUAUUGAUAUGUUUGAUGCAAA